AUGGCUUCGGAAAAGCCAACUGCCGGUAUUAACCAUUCGGACGUCAUCUCCACAGCCAAGCUGAACGAGAACCAACUCGAGCGCCAGACCACAACAGGAGAUGACAGCACUUACCAGAAGGUCCCUAUCAGGGAGAAGAUCGACGAGUUUGGUGCCCACGACAAGACUGAUCCCAGGGAGAUUGCCCUGGUGAAGAGACUAGACCUCUUCAUCUUGCCCAUCCUUUGGCUCAUGUAUCUCUUCAACUAUCUCGACAGGACCGCCUUGGUAAACGCCAGACUGAACGGUUUGGAGGACGACCUUGACUUGGAGGGCACGCAGUACAACACAUGCGUGUCCAUUCUAUUUGUCGGGUACAUUUGCGGUCAAGUACCCUCGAACAUGCUCCUGAACCGUAUCAGACCAUCGUGGUACAUGGCUGGUUUCUGCUUUGCAUGGUCCAUCGUCAGCUUGCUCACUUACCUUGCUGAGGACUACGGCGGCAUGGUUGCCUGUCGGUUCCUGCUGGGAAUUACCGAAGCUCCGUUCUACCCCGGUGCCCUCUACAUCAUUAGCUUGUUCUACACCCGGAAAGAGAUGGCCACCCGGAUGUCUCUCUUUUACACUGCCAACAUGCUGGCGAGUGCUUUUUCGGGAUUGAUCGCUGCCGGUGUCUUUGCCGGUCUUGACGGUGUCAGAGGACUGUCAGGAUGGAGGUGGCUCUUCAUCAUUCAAGGCGCCGUCUCCGCCAUUGUCGCAGUUUUCGCCUUCUACCUACUCCCAGACCACCCCCUCCAAACUCGCUGGCUUACCCCCGAGCAGCGUCAACUUGCCCACAACCGUAUUGCCCUUGACACCACCGACCACCGCGAGGGCACCAGCGUCUGGGUGGGACUCCGCGAGGCCCUUUCAGACUGGCGCACCUGGGUCUUCUGCCUCAUGUACAACUUCCACCUCUCGUCGAUCAGCUUCCAAAACUUCCUCCCCACCGUGAUGGAGACCCUGGGCUACGAGAGGACCAUCACCCUCGUGCUGUGUUUCCCGCCCUACUUCUUCGCCGCCGUCAUGGCCGUUGCCAUCGCCUACAGCUCGGGCCGCUUCAACGAGCGUACUUGGCACACCACCGUAUGCAAGACCAUCGUCGUGGCGGGGUUCAUCAUCCCCGCCGUCUCGUACAAUAUCGCGGCGCGCAUGGUCGGCAUCUUCCUCUUCGUCGGCUUCUCGUUCGGCAUCAAUAACGUCAUUCUGGGCUGGACGGCCGCUUCCCUGGGUCAGACCAACGAGAAGAAGGCCGUGGCGAUCGCGGUUUGCAAUACCUUGGGCAACCUCUCGUCCGUGUACAUGCCGUACCUGUGGCCGCAAUCGCAUCACCCUCACUACCUGCCGGCUUGGAUGGCGAGCAUUGCCUUUUCUGCCGGUGUUGUUGUCUUGGCUUGGUUCAUGCGCAUUAUGCUGCGGAGACAGAAUAAGAAGAUGAGGGAGAUGAACCCCGAGAUGGCCAACUUUUAUGUAUACUGA